AUGAAUUCAUCCCGAACCAACCUGGAGGAGGAACAAUAUUUGAAAAGAUUUGUUGAAUUACAAAAAAAGGGAGAAGAUGCAGACGAGGAACGGAUUGAGCUUCUCAUCAAGACCAAGUUAAUAUUCGAUUAUCAACAUUUGAUUAAUUUAAUUCAAUCACAACAAAUUUCAAAAUCUUUGUAUUAUAUUAUUGGAUUUUUAGAAAUGAAAAAAGAAUUGAUGAAAUUUACAGAUCAUGCAUGUUUUGUACUGUUGUUGGAUGAAAACAUGGCUGAAUCCUCAGCUGAACCAAUUACAGAAUCAUCAAGCUCGAAUUCGCAUCAUUUCGAUCAAGACAAGUACGAACAAUGGUUACUCUCAAAAUCAGAAAUGUUUCAACACUUGUGGCUUUCAUUGUGCAUUUUGAGAAUGUUUCAAUUCUUAUUUCACGAUAACUUGCAAGACAAGGAAUUAAAUACCACCAUAGCAAGCCAUGAACCACCAAAACACUUUUCAAUUCUCAAAUCAUGGCUUGGAAACACCCUCAAGCAACGAAACUCUAAAUUAUUUAACAUGCUAUUUCUAUUGACUUUAGAUUUCAAAAGAUAUGCGUGUUUGGUUGGUCUCAGCACUUUUCAAAGACUAUGCAUUGAACACAGUGUGUCACUACGAAACACUCUGAUCUGCAAAGAUUAUGUACCGGAAAUUUCUCUACUCGCACUCUUUAAGACCGACCAAGAUAUUUACCGUGAAUUGAAUAGUAAAAGUAGGCAUCAAUCGAGGCAGUAA